UUCCCCUCUUCUUCCACCUCUCUCCCCCGCCCCCUCUCCCCGCCUCCACCUUGUUCUUCACCUCCGUCUCUGAUUACACGUUUCAAUUAGUCUGGUCCUGCUUCUGGGUGCAGGAUUUGCUAGAUGUAGAUUUCCCACUGGCCCUGGCCAAGGUCCUCGGGGGCAGUGUUGUGCGUGUUAAGAGGUGCAGAGAUCUGCUUCUCAAGUGGAGCUGCAGCAGUCUGUAUCACGUGUGAAUCCAAGGGGCGGGCUUUUGGCAAGGGUUUUUUUUACGAGUAUUUACUACAAGGUCUACUCCAGAAGAUUAACAUCCCCACUCCUGUCAGUUUCCGAUGCCAUGCCCGGUUAAAAUAAUAACAGUAAAAAAACCAACACGAGUCCAAGUCAUCUGCUCGUGGCCGACCGUCACUCGCCCUAAGGAAUGGCCGAACCUUUUGCGAAUGAGUUGGCGUCCGCAGCUGCCAGAGGGGACCUAGUGCAAGUUACUAAUUUGUUGGAAAGGAAUGUAAACGUCAAUGCACAAAAUGGAUUUGGGAGGACUGCGCUGCAGGUGAUGAAGCUGGGGAACCCGGAGAUCGCCCGGCGGUUGCUGCUGCGGGGCGCCGACCCCGACCUGAAAGACGCCACCGGCUUCGCUGUCCUGCACGACGCAGCCCGCGCCGGCUUCCUGGACACCCUGCAGACUUUGCUGGAGUUCCAGGCGGACGUGAACGUGGAGGAUAAGGAAGGCAACCUGCCUUUGCACUGGGCAGCCCAAGAGGGCCACCUGCCUGUCGUGGCCUUCCUGCUGGAGCGCACGGCCAGCCGCGUGCAGCAUCGCAACCACAAGGGAGCCACCGCCUAUGACCUAGCCAGGCUUUACAAGAGGCAUGCCGUCGCCCAACUGCUCGAAGGCAGGCAGCAGCAACAGUAGCCGCAGCAAGCGGAGGGAGCCGCCGGCGGGGAUUGCAGCCGCCCACAGCCCGGCUCGGACUUGAAGAGACCCUCUUUCGAUUUACAGCUUUCGCACCCCGCCCUUUCCCCUUUUCCCACUUUACACACAAAGCAGUUAAAUUGUGUAGGUAUCAUUCAAAUGCAGACGUGGGAGUGAUUUUCCUUUUUUAACAGUGCCUUUCUUUGGACCGGGGGGGGGGGGAAAUCACGCCAGUAGCAGUUUUCCGUAAAAAUGCGGAAGGGGUGGAAGUGGAGAAAGGUAGCCUCAGGAUCGCUUGUCGUCCUGUUCUAAUGCUUGCCCCGUUUCUCACUUGUUAGCAUCUAUGUAUAAGGACCUAUUUUGUGUCUGCGGAUGACUUUCUCUCUCUCAUUUUUCGUGGGUUGUUUUUUUAAAGAUUGAAGGGGUUUGUGAUAUAUUUUUUUCUCCCCUGAAAAUCAUAUUGUCUAAUAAAUACUGACAUAAUAUGAAAUACAGUAUGAAGGAGUAAACAAUGAUGUGAAGGGCUUUCUGCCCGGGGGUGGGGGAGAAAAAAAACAAAUAAGCUGAGAAUGGCAGGAAAAGUUCAAUUUUGAUAUUUAGCUACAUGGCGACACUAACAGGUCUGCGGAAGCAGAUAAUUCGCUGAAGCUAUUUAAUUGUGAUAAUGAUUAUUAUGGCUGCCAUCCUAAGCAACUUUAUAAAAGAUAAGGAGAUCUAUGGCGAUUCCAGGAAAACGUGUUUAGGAUCGAAAGGGAGGGAGAGGCAACUUGUGCCUGUGCUAUAAUGCUGAAUAUUCAGAAUAUCUCAGAUUUUAUUUUUUAGAGUAUUUGCUUUUCAAAGAGAUGCUUAUAAAGAUCAAGUGCUGAAUUCCCACAAAUGAGGAGAAAGAUUAUAGGUUUUCCCAAUUUCCUUUUUCACAAAAUGAUACUAUUAUUUGCGCACACACGCACGUUCCAUUUUUUAAAACUGGCCUUUAGAUAGCGGUUGAACUACUAAGAUUAGCUUGCAAUUUUUGCCUUGGUCUGCCUUUUGGAAAUGCCUCAAGAUCCUGUUCAGAUUGGGUUUGCAUCAUAAAACUGCCAGCCCUAUACCAUUUAUUUCAUAAGUUAUUAUUUGUUCCAAUGGAAUCGCUCCAGAGUAAUCAUGUAUUACUCUGGGUUAAGAUGGGAAAAUUUGGAUCAAGGCUUGUUUUACAAAGAUAAUAGAUCUAUUAAUAGAUCAGAGCUAACUCACCGAAAGAAAAUGGAUCUCUUCUCCUUCUGGUAUUCUAGGUUUAAAGUUUUCCAGAAAAACAAGACAUCUAUUAAAAACAGAUAUAUUUUUCAUGGGAAUCAACUACAAAACGUACAACUUUUAUCACUUAUUUAAAAUGCUUUCAUCUCCUAUUGUUCCAAUCUUCUGAUUAAAACCCUUUAUGAAUUGCAAA